UGGCAGCAGGACUGCUAGAGCCGCUAGUGGUGUUCUGGAAAGAGUGGGGAGUCCUAGCGUUGGUGAUGUUGAGUUUCACACUGCAAGUGAUCCUCCUCAUCACCGCCGAGAUCCGCCGGCGCAAGGACUCCGGCGCACUAAAGGUGGUCGUCUGGUUGGCAUACCUGCUUGCCGACACGACGGCAGUAUACACUCUAGGCCACAUGUCCAUUACCAGCCCAGCGUCGCAGGAUCAGCAAUUGAUGGCGUUCUGGGCACCAUUCUUGCUGCUGCACCUCGGCGGGCAGGACAACAUCACCGCCUACUCCAUCGAGGACAACCGGCUGUGGCUGCGCCACCUGCAGAGCUUCGUCAUCCAGGUCAUCGCCGCUGGCUACGUGCUCUACCAGUCCUCUAUCGUGGCUCGCCGGACCUUGUUCCGUCCGGCUGCCAUUCUCAUGUUUGUGGUUGGUGUUGUCAAGUACGGGGAGAGAGUGUGUGCGCUCCAGCUUGCCUGCACGAAUAACAUGUCCCGGAAGAACUACGCGCCUAUUACCUGGACUGGUUCUGAUGAUGAUGAAAGUCCCAGUAGCAUGGGACCAUAUCCGGAAACAUUUCGAGCUCAUGUGCUGCUGGAUUUUCCCAAGCAGAUGUUGAAGGGGCCUUUGCCUAUUCCUCCAGAAAUCUUGGAAAGUUGCGAGUGGGAGGAGAUGUAUGGGGUGGCCGAGAUGCAGCUCUCACUCAUGCACGACGUCUUCUACAGCAAGGCUGAGCUGAUCCACACUUGGUAUGGGUACUGCAUCCGUGUCUUCUCAUUGCUGGCAACUGUCGCCGCACUCCUGCUAUUUCGUCGAUUAAUAAGUGAGGAAGAUGGUUACAGAAGAGCAGAUGUCACCGCCACCUAUGUUCUGCUAGCUGGAGCCGUCGUUCUGGAGAUCACAUCAGUGCUGAGGGCCAUGUUCUCCACCUGGACAUAUGGCAAGCUCAUCAGGAGAAGACGUUAUUGUGGUUGUGUUGCUCGUGCAUUAGCUCGGCUGGCGUUGAUUCCACUUUGGUUUCGGUCUCAUGCCGUCGCCAUGUAUGAGAUAUGCAGAGAAAGAGCAGGAAUAGGGGCUAGUUCAAGGUACUGGUCCGGCACCAUGGGGCAACACAACCUUAUUUACAUGUGCAGCCACUGUAAGGACAGUCGAGGCAGCAAAAUGGCAAGAUGGGUGGGACGGGAGGACUGGUGGAACAUGCUGGUUUACACGUCCUCCGUCCCCGUUUCGCCACACAUCAGUGAGCUACUCAAGAAACAAGUGAAGCAAAGUCACAACGUCAACAAAGAGAACCCAGAUCAUAUCCGGAACUCACGGGGCCGAGCGACCCUGAAGAGGAGGAGGCCAGAAUUGUACGAGGAGCUGCGCUGGAGCGUGGACAGUGAGUUCGGUGUGAGUAUCCUCGUGUGGCACAUCGCCACACAUAUCUACCUCAGCUGGUACGAGAGGAAACACACACGCCGCCUUUCACAAGUGACCCGGGAGCUCUCGAACUACAUGAUGUUUCUCCUCGCCGAACGCCCCUACAUGCUGCCUGACAAUGUUGGACGCCACGAUUACCUUGGACUGUGCUACAUAUUGAUCCAUGAGCUCCAAUGCUCGAGAGAGGAUGUGCUCUAUUUACUACAGGACCACGGAGAUGUUGUCAUUUCGGGACAAAGAGAGGAGGCUGCUCGUGAGUUCGAAUCGAAUACCACAUUUGACAAUGCAUGUCGGCUUGGGGUCAAGCUCAUAAGCAAAGAGGUUGAAACACCCGAUGCUAACAUGGUGGAGGUGAUCAGCCAAGUGUGGGUGGAGCUUCUGUGCUACGCAUCCUAUCAGUGCAUACCGGAAUCCCAUGCAAGACAGCUGAGCAACGGCGGCGAGUUCACCACCGUCGUUGCCCUUUUGCUGGAGUACAUGGAAUAUGAUAUUUUAACCUUUGAGUCUGUGCAAGAUAGGUCUGAAGACUCCAUGGCCAGCAGCGACACUGUACAGGAUACGUGUAAUAGUGUGGCGGGAUCAGUCUGACCAAAGUUAACCCAUGUGCCACCGACAAAUGAUCUUAUGUGUUGUAUCUCAGGGAUGUUUCAUUUAACUAGUUUACAGACCAAAUUUAUUUUAUUUCAUUUCACUGGCUUAGAGAUCCAAUUUGUAUUUCAUUUGAUUGCUCCAGAGAUUAUAUUUGCAAUUCAACAUUG